AAAAAAAAAAAAAAAAAAAAAAAGGAAAACCUUGUAGCCGAGAAAUAGCAGAAGCACCAAAACUGCCGGAAACAAUGGAAAGCAGCAGCAAUAAGGAGCAAAUAAUGGAUGUAAGAACAGUAGUAGAAGCUAUUUCUACUGACGACGAUUUUGACGCUCCUCUUUACCAGGUCGAAAGCCUUUGUAUGCGCUGCGGCGAAAAUGGAAUAACAAGGCUUUUAUUGACAUUAAUCCCUCACUUUAGAAAGAUCUUGUUAUCAGCUUUUGAGUGUCCGCAUUGUGGUGAGAGGAAUAAUGAAGUCCAGUUUGCUGGUGAAAUCCAGCCUCGGGGAUGUUGUUAUCGUUUGGAAGUCCAAUCAGGCGAUCCUAAGGUGCUAAAUCGACAGGUUGUAAAAGCUGAGUCUGCCACCAUAAAGAUUCCUGAAUUGGAGUUUGAGAUUCCUCCUGAGGCACAACGCGGCAGUUUAUCAACUGUUGAAGGUAUCUUGACACGAGCUGCAGAUGAAUUGCAAGCACUUCAAGAAGAGCGGAAGAAAGUUGAUCCUCAGACAGCUGAAGCAAUAGACCAGUUUUUGUUGAAAUUGAGAGCUUGUGCAACAGGGGAUUCAUCUUUCACUUUCAUCCUUGAUGAUCCUGCUGGAAACAGCUUCAUUGAGAACCCGUUUGCUCCAUCUCCUGAUCCAUGUUUGACUAUUAAGUUCUAUGAUCGAACUCCUGAGCAACAGGCAUCAUUAGGCUAUUUAGUUGACCAAUCACAGUUGGGAGAAUCUGGUGAUAGACCAACAUCAGAAGUGACAGGCACUGCGUCUGAUCAAACAGGACGAGAAUCUCAUGGGUCUGUUGGAGCAGUGGCUGGUCAACGGGCCAUUGCUCAGAGUAAUAGUGCAGAAAUUGCUGAUGCUUUGUGUCGCUACUCUGCACCAGAAGAGGUGAUGACUUUCCCAUCGAGUUGUGGGGCUUGUUCCAGCAGGGGUGAGACUCGAAUGUUUGUUACCAAGAUUCCAUACUUCCAAGAAGUAAUCGUCAUGGCAUCUACUUGUGAUGCCUGUGGUUACCGCAAUUCUGAGUUGAAACCUGGUGGGGCAAUUCCUGAAAAAGGAAAGAGAAUCACCCUUCAUGUGAAGAACAUUAAUGACCUAAGCCGUGAUGUAAUAAAGUCAGAUACUGCAAGUGUGAAAAUUCCAGAGCUUGAGUUGGAAUUGGCCAGUGGCACAUUGGGGGGAGUUGUUACAACUGUCGAAGGUUUAAUUACAAAGAUAAGUGAAAGCCUUGAGAGAGUACAUGGAUUUACCUUUGGAGAUAGUCUUGAUGAAUAUAAAAGAAGCAAGUGGCAAGACUUUAGAGCAAGGCUGAACAAGCUUUUGAGUUUGGAAGAGCCAUGGACUUUAAUUCUUGAUGAUGGAUUAGCGAAUUCUUUCAUUGCACCAGCAACUGAUGAUAUCAAAGAUGACCAUCAGUUACAAUUUGAGGAAUACAAGAGGUCUUGGGAACAGAACGAGGAGUUGGGACUGAAUGAUAUUGACACUUCUUCAGCUGACGCUGCUUAUAACUCGACAGACGUCUUAAACCAGAGAACAGAAGAGUAAAUUAUUUUGUUACAUUAAUAUGUUUAACUGUCAAACAAAAAAACCAAAGGUAUUUUUAUUUUUGUAUUAGCUAAUGCUAUCUAUUAAUUGAGUUUCCAUAUGCCUUUUUUUUUU